GAAGCAUCUAUUUUUUCCUUUGAAGAAAUUGAACAUUUUUUUUCCCAAUAGAGUCCAAGAAAACAGAAUUGUUGUGUGCAAUAACUUUUGGCUAUGACUUUCUCUUCAUUGUUUUCCCGUUUACGUUCUUGCUCAAAACCCAUUUGCAGUAACCUACGAACUUCAAUUUUUCAGAGGCCCCAUAUUCCAUCUAGCCUUACAGAGCCGGUAAUUUACUCAAGAAAGGGGCAGGGGAAAAUCCCAUCAUGGAUUGCUUCUUUAUUCCCUUUUGCCCUUGCUGUCUCUGCUGGUUCUCUUGCUCUGCAGUCACAGAGCUACCCUUCACUCUGUCUGAAUGACGCUCCACCUUCUGACCCAAAAAGUUUGAAAACUGGUGGCAAAGGUAGCACAGAUUAUGCCGUGAAAGGUUCUCUUAGGAAAGUUCCACCAGAGCUUAUAGCAGAAUUGAAGGGAAUUUGCCAGGAUAACCUGACAAUGGAUGAAGAUGAGAGAUAUGUUCACGGAAAGCCACAGAACAGCUUUCAUAAAGCAGUAAACAUUCCUGAUGUUGUAGUUUAUCCAAGGUCUGAGGAGGAGGUGUCUAAGAUAGUUAAGUCUUGUAACAUGCAUAAGGUCCCUAUUGUUCCCUAUGGUGGAGCUACCUCUAUUGAGGGACACACUUUAUCUCCCUAUGGUGGUGUUUGCAUUGAUAUGACAUUGAUGAAUCGUGUCAAAGCUUUGCAUGUUGAAGACGUGGAUGUGGUAGUUGAACCAGGCAUUGGAUGGAUGGAGCUCAAUGAAUACUUGGAGUCCUAUGAUCUCUUUUUUCCCCUUGAUCCUGGACCUGGGGCAACCAUUGGAGGAAUGUGUGCUACACGUUGCUCUGGUUCUUUAGCAGUGAGGUAUGGUACAAUGCGUGAUAAUGUCAUCAGUCUCAAGGUUGUUCUAGCUGAUGGAGAAGUUGUGAAGACUGCAUCCCGUGCCAGGAAAACUGCUGCUGGAUACGACUUGACACGGCUGAUGAUUGGAAGUGAAGGCACUUUGGGUGUUAUAACUGAAAUUACCUUGCGCUUGCAGAAACUUCCACAAUCGUCAGUGGUUGCUAUGUGCAACUUUCCUACAAUUAAAGAUGCAGCGGAUGUUGCUAUAGCCACAAUGCAUUCUGGUAUACAGGUGUCAAGAGUGGAGCUCUUGGAUGAAGUUCAAAUUAGAGCAAUCAAUCUUGCAAAUGAAAAAAAUUUGCCAGAGAUUCCAACUUUGAUGUUUGAAUUCGUAGGCACAGAGGCAUAUGCGCGUGAGCAAACACAAAUUGUUCGGAAGAUAGCUUCUGAGCACAAUGGUUCUGAUUUUGUUUUCGCUGAAGAACCUGAAGAGAAAAAGGAACUCUGGAAGAUAAGAAAGGAGGCACUUUGGGCUUGUUUUGCAAUGAAACCUAAUUUUGAGGCAAUGAUAACGGACGUGUGUGUACCCUUAUCACACCUUGCUGAACUAAUUUCAAGAUCAAAACAGGAGCUGGAUUCUUCUCCUUUAACGUGCACCGUCAUUGCUCAUGCUGGUGAUGGAAAUUUCCACGUAGUAGUUCUAUUUGAUCCUACCAAAGAGGAACAACGACGAGAAGCUGAGAGGUUAAACCACUUCAUGGUCCAUAUCGCUUUAUCAAUGGAAGGCACCUGUACUGGAGAACAUGGUGUUGGUACUGGGAAAAUGAAGUAUCUUGAAAAAGAACUCGGGAUUGAGAACUUGAGGACGAUGAAAAGGAUAAAGGAUGCUUUAGAUCCCAACAAUAUCAUGAACCCCGGCAAGCUUAUUCCCCCUCACGUUUGCUUUUGAGAUAACUGUGUGAAAUGGUUUCCUUUGUUCUCUUUUUCCCAAAUGUCUGUUGUGACAUUGUAUUCUAUGUUAGAUCGAGUUUUGGGUAUACUAGCAGUGACGUUUCUAAUGCAGAAUGAUAACAAUUUAAGAUCUGCAGAUUGAAUAAGUUUGUAAGCCGUGUAAUUGCAAGAUAUAUUGCAUCAAUUCAUUUGUUCUCUUUCUCA